UGGUUAAAGAAAAAAAAAAAAACUGAGAAUUAAUCUCGUGUCAAACGUUCUUUGUAGUUUUUCAAGACCAGGGUGGUGAGAUUUUGUUGUUUUCUUUUAUAAAAGAAGGGUCUUUGUGUUGAGUCUAUCUAAUCUUUUCUUCUUCUUUUUUUCUUUUCUAAUAUUUGCAAGGCAACCCAUCGUAGAGUUGAAAAGUUAGUCUAUAAAUAAAUAAAUAAUCUUUUUCCUAAGCAACAAAAAGAAGAAGACUUGGUGUAUCUCUCUCUCUCUUUGAGUGUUUAGAGAAGGAAGGGUGUGUCUGCAAAUGGGCCUUUGUUAAAUCCCUUCAAUCCAGAGCAACAAUGGCUUUUCUGAAUUACUAAGACCAAUCACCAUGGAUCUGGAAACUGGAGGCUUUCAUAACCAAGCUAAGAAAGGGUCAUGGAAGACAAUUCUGGCUCUGGCUUUUCAGAGUCUUGGAGUUGUGUAUGGAGAUUUAAGCACUUCCCCUCUAUACGUAUAUAAGAGUACAUUUGCCGAAGAUAUUUCUCACUCUGAGACAAACGAAGAGAUUUAUGGUGUGUUGUCGUUUGUGUUCUGGACUCUCACUCUCGUUCCUCUUCUCAAAUACGUGUUUAUUGUUCUCCAAGCCGACGAUAAUGGCGAGGGAGGGACAUUUGCUCUCUACUCUUUACUGUGUCGACACGCCCGAGUUAACUCACUGCCCAAUUGCCAGGUGGCCGACGAGGAGCUCUCCGAGUACAAGAAAGACACCACACAGGACUCGAGUAUUGGGUCAAGGUUGAAGUCCAUGUUGGAGAAGCACAGGGUUUUGCAGAGACUUCUGCUUAUUCUGGCUUUGAUUGGGACUUGUAUGGUGAUUGGUGAUGGUGUCCUUACACCAGCUAUUUCAGUUUUUUCUGCGGUUUCUGGUCUUGAGCUUUCUAUGUCCAAGGAGCAUCACAAAUAUGUUGAGGUCCCAAUUGCAUGUAUCAUUCUGAUUGGCUUGUUCUCACUUCAACAUUACGGUACCCACAGGGUUGGCUUCCUCUUUGCUCCUAUAGUUAUGAUUUGGCUACUAUGCAUCAGUGCCAUUGGUGUCUAUAAUAUUUUCAAAUGGAAUCGUCAUGUGUACCGAGCUCUUUCUCCAUAUUAUAUGUAUGAGUUUUUAAAGAAAACUCAAUCUGAAGGUUGGAAGUCCCUGGGUGGAAUAUUGUUGUGCAUAACAGGUUCAGAAGCCAUGUUUGCUGAUCUUGGACACUUUUCACAAUUGUCAAUCAAGAUUGCUUUCACUUCUAUUGUUUAUCCGGCUUUAGUUCUUGCAUACAUGGGUCAAGCUGCAUAUCUGUCUCAGCACCAUUUUAGUGAAAAUGAUUCCCAUAUUGGGUUUUAUGUGUCUGUACCAGAAAGAAUAAGAUGGCCAGUUCUCAUAAUAGCUGUACUUGCUGCCAUAGUAGGAAGUCAGGCCAUUAUUACUGGAACUUUUUCAAUCAUUAAACAAUGUUCUGCUCUGGGGUGCUUCCCAAGGGUCAAAAUAGUCCACACCUCCUCCAAGUUCCAUGGUCAGAUCUAUAUACCGGAGAUCAAUUGGAUAUUGAUGAUACUAUGCUUGGCUGUUACUAUUGGUUUCAGAGACACGAAACGGUUGGGUAAUGCAUCAGGUUUGGCAGUAAUCACGGUUAUGCUGGUCACUACGUGCUUAAUGUCCCUUGUAAUUGUUUUAUGCUGGAACCGGAGUGUUUUCUUUGCAAUUGGCUUUGUGGUCUUCUUUGGCUCCAUUGAAGCUCUGUACUUCUCUGCUUCUCUCAUCAAGUUUCUGGAAGGAGCUUGGGUACCUGUUGCCCUUUCUUUCAUAUUCUUAUUGAUCAUGUAUACUUGGCACUAUGGCACAAUAAAAAAAUAUGAGUUUGAAAUCCAUAACAAAGUUUCACUCAAUUGGCUACUUAGCCUGGGUCCCAGCCUAGGCAUUGUCAGAGUUCGCGGGAUUGGAAUCAUACAAACUGAGCUUGUAUCAGGAAUCCCAGCAAUCUUUUCCCACUUUGUCACCAAUGUUCCAGCCUUCCACCAGGUCCUGGUUUUCCUCUGCAUCAAAUCUGUACCAGUCCCACAUGUCAAACCCGAGGAGCGGUUUCUGGUGGGACAAAUUGGCCCAAAAGAGUACAGGCUAUACAGGUGCAUUGUUAGAUAUGGCUACCGUGACAUCCACAAAGAUGAUGUGGAAUUUGAAAAUGAUCUCAUCUGUAGUAUAGCAGAGUUCAUUCGCUCUGAAAGCAGUACUCACAGCCUUUCAAACGAAGAUAUGGAAAAGGAAGAUGAGAAAAUGACAGUUAUUGGAACAAGGUCAACUGCCAAGGCAGGCGGGAUUCAAAUAAGAGAGGACAAUGAAGAACAAGAAUGUACAGUUGGAACAUCAAAUCAUAGGGAAAUAACAUCGCCACCAGUGAUUAAACAAAGAAAAAAGGUGAGGUUUGUCUUGCCAGAAAGUCCCAAGAUUGAUACAAGUGGGAAAGCGGAACUAGCCGAGUUGAUGGAAGCUAGGGAAACUGGAAUAGCUUACAUACUAGGGAACACAUACAUGAGAGCAAACCCAGGAUCAAGCAUAACAAAGAGAUUUGCAAUCAAUUAUGGAUACGAGUUCUUGAGAAGGAACAGUAGGGGAGCCACUUAUGCUCUAAACGUACCUCGAGCUUCUACUCUUGAGGUGGGGAUGAUCUACCAUGUUUAGUUUUGGCCUAAACAUAAAGGAAAAAGAAAAACAGAUAGAAACUUAUAGCACAAACUGUACAUGUUGUAAUAUUGUGCAAGAUAGUAAAAACCCACCAGUGUUUCAUUUCAUGGGGGGUGAAAGAGAUUGUGCAGGAGUUGGGAGUCAUUUUGGUUGCUGCAGGGCCCUCUUUCUUUUUGUGUUUAUGGAAGAGGGGAUAUUUUCUUAAGCAGCAGCCACAGCCAUGUAAAAAAUUUAGUAAUAUUCUAUUAAUUUUCUUAGAAAA